AUGUCGAUAAAGAAGUCGGCACCAUCUCUCAGUGGAAGUGUUUGGGGUCGCACUGGGUUUGGCAGGUCCUGGAUUCGCUCCUUUGUCGCGGCAUCGCCGUGCUUUCUUGCGCCGCUUACCUCGAUAUGCGUCUUUAUCACCCUCGCUCACAUCUGCAUCCAAUACGGCCCGCGACUAACAAUUAAGGGAGUAUUGGCCAUCGUGUGCUGGGUUGGAUUACAGGCCCUGCUGUUUCGAUACCUCCCAGGCGAUACAUACAAAGGACAGCUAACCCCCGCUGGAUAUCUUCUAUCUUACCGGAUAAAUGGCCUGUCUGCUUGGAUCAUAACUCAUGUUUUGUACAUUGUUCUUAGCCUGGCUGGCGUAUUGGAUCCUGGCUUCAUACCUCGAAACUGGAGCAGUUUGAUUGGGGCUAUGAACUUGGCUGGAUAUGUCAUUUCGACGUUUGCCUUUGUGAAGGCAUACAUAAUACCUACUCAUCCAGAAGACAGAAAGUUCAGUGGAUCCUCGCUCUAUGACUUUUACAUGGGCAUCGAGCUGAACCCGCGACUUGGCGAUAGCUUUGAUCUCAAGCUCUUCAGCAAUGGUAGACCAGGAAUGAUCGCCUGGACACUGAUUGACUUUUCAAACAUGGCAUAUCAAUACCAGACACAACAGUACAUUGAGCCUUCUCUGAUUCUCAUCACGACUCUCCAAACCAUAUACGUGAUUGACUUUUUUGUCAACGAAUCUUGGUAUCUGCGAACAAUCGACAUUGCCCACGAUCAUUACGGCUUUUACCUCGCAUGGGGCUGCUUCUGUUUCUUACCAACGACAUACACUAUCCAAGGGCAAUACCUGGGUCUGUACCCGAAAUCUGCCUCGGCCCCUUACCUGGCUUUCUUCUUUGCGCUUGGCCUAGCUGGCUAUGUGCUAUUCCGCUCAGUCAACCACCAGAAGGACAAGCUCCGCCGCUCUGCUGGGCAAUGCAACAUCUGGGGCAAGCCCGCCGAGUACAUAGUAGCGUCAUUCAAGACCUCGGACGGUAAACAGCACAAAAGUCUACUUCUGUGCAGUGGUUGGUGGGGAUGGUCACGGCACGCCAAUUACGUGGGAGACCUGUUUCUCAGCUUCAGCACAUGUGCGUUGGUUGGAAGCACUCGAACUGUGGUCUGGGUUUAUGCUAUAUGGAUGACCAUGCUGCUCAUCCAUCGCUGUAUACGGGAUGAGAAGAGGUGUUCGGCUAAGUACGGUGCUGCAUGGACGGAAUACUGUAAGCGCGUGCCAUGGCGAUUUAUCCCGGGGAUCUGGUAA